AUGCCUCUCGUCUCGCACGUUAGGAGCGUUCAACUUUCCAUGGCGAUCGGAUCCAGAUCCACGUGGCGAGGGACGGUUGGGUUGAGGCCUCGAAGGUCUCCUUGCUCCCUUGACGAGAGUGGAGCUCGCAGGAACAAGGUGGCAUACGAGCAGGCAAUGAGAUUGGGAAAUAGUGCAGAGUGUUCUCUCGAUCGAGUUCCAUGCUCCAUGUGUUCGUGGAUGCCGGAAGCUCCCUUGUUUUCGUUUCAUAGCUUUCAGAGAGGCAGCGUGGCUCCUGUUGGAAGCGGCCGCCUGCAGGCUGCUCGUGCGCUGGGCAGCGGGAGGGCAGAGGCGCAGGGUGGCGGUGAGGGGGCGGGUGUGGAGAGGAAGACACAUGGCAGCCGGGGCGGAUCAGCCAGACGCCGCAAAGCAGGUUCAAAUGACGAGUCCGCGUCUGAAGAAUACCAACGCGAGGACAAGGGAGGAGAGGAGGAGGAUGACGAAGGAGGGGCGGGAGGAUCAGAAGAAGCAGGAUUGAAGCAUUCAACGAAAGCGCGCACCAACAAGACCAAGGCAGGGAAACAUAGCAGCAAGAACUCCCCGCCUUCCUCCCUCCCGUCACCUUCCACUCGCACCGUUGAAGACCGGAGCUAUCAGCUGUGGGCGGAACCACGCAUGAAGUUCCAGCCUUCACAGAUUGCAGGAUUGGCUACCAAGGCAAAGCUUAUCGGAGUGAGAUUGAAUAAAACUCAGUGGAGGGUCGAGCUAAGUCAUGGAGGCGAAGCGCAAUAUAUUGGGUGCAGGAGCACUGCAGCGGAGGCUGCUAGGCUCUACGACAGGGCGGCAUACAAGCUCACGGGACCUGAAGCUCAACUCAAUCUUGGCCUCACAGAUGCGCAAAAGGCAGAGCUUGAUGCCAUGUCCGAGCUUCAAUUCCAGGCCUCCAUUGUUAAAGAAAACCUCCUGCACAAGUUAGGCCGCGGGUCGUCGCGCUUCAUAGGUGUGGGGUGGGAGAAGUCAAGACAGAAAUGGGUAGCAUCCAUUUGGCUUGGGAACAGACAGAUGCGUGUUGGCGCGUUUUCCACUGAAGACGAGGCGGCUUGUGCGUAUGACGCGGCGUUGAUCAAGAGGGAUGGCCCGGAUGCGAUGACCAACGCUAGGAUCUACAACGACGACUUCAGCUGCGUGCCUCCUAUUGGAAACGCCCCUCCACAGGUCGCUCGUGCCCGGGGCUGCCACGGGGCAAAGGCGCAGGGCGAAGGGGGAAGACCGGGUGUGGAGGGGAAGGCUCGUGGCGGCCGGGGAAGAUCAGCAAGAAGGCGCAGAGCUGGUGAGGCAGGGGUACUGAUAUCUGCUGUGGGUCCUGGGAACGGGGUGUUCUUUGAUGGAGCAGCUUCGCCCUCCCCUCGCACCUGUGACGACUCGGGCUAUCAGCAGCGGGCAGCAGCGCGCACAGAGAAAUCGAGGCAGAAAGUUCCGGAGCGACUGAUCCAGCUCGCUCGGAUGGUGGUUCAACGGCGCGUGAAUCCUCUUGCCACGUCCUCGGACCACCAGCUGCUGGCUACCGUGGGCCUCACCCAGGCAGACUUCGAUGCCUGGGAUGGGGAACGGGGGCAGAUGGGGAAGCACGGAGGGGGUGAGGGUGGCGAGGGGGAUCAAGAAGGGAUGGGGGUGGGAGGGAGUGGUGGGGCAAUGGGGGCUGGUGGAGGAGUGGGGGGUGGUGAUGCGGAUGCAGCAGCGGAGAGGAGUGUUGGCAAGCGGAAGGUGGGAGACACAGGUAUUGCAGCUGGAGAGGAAAACAGCUGCGUUUUGAAGCGGCUUCGGGAUGUGCACUCGGCAGAAGCAUUUGGAGGAGAUGGUGGGGAUGGGAUGGACGAGAUUGUUGAUAUCGAGUCGAUUGAUUGA